UAAAGAAGCUUCAUUUGUUAGUGAAGAAUCUAGUGAAAGUAUUGUGGUAGAAUAUUAUGAAAAAAAAAAUAUCUUUAACUGGCAAUUAUUAAAAAAUACAAGUAAAUUAGUAGUAAAAUCUGAUGAAA